UUCAGGCAGGAAAGGGAGUGAGGUCCUGCUUGUUGGAUGGGAUGGAAGAUGUUGUCUCCCGGCUGUGCGGAUCUCCUCCAUCAGACCCGUUACCAGUCUGGGUCAGUGGCCAUGUUGGCGUCUGCUUUAACCAGCUGAUCCUCAGCACCGUUCCUCAUGUUUUAUUUGCCAUCAGCAGUGCCUGCCAUGCCGGGGCCUACAGAAACUCCCAAUUUUCCUCCCCAUCCCCCGCAUGGCAUUGCCGGAUUUUAUUCUCCUUCCUCCUCACGUUGUUCUGUGCUGCUGAAUUGGCCUUGGGGGCCGCUUUUCCUCGUGAAGUCCCCUCCUCAUUAGAAGUUCUCUCGGGUGGAGUGUACUGCUUGUCAUGGUUUACCCAUUUCCUGGUGCUCCUCAGCCUUCGGAGGACGUUGUACACCUCUUCCAGGGGACCUCUGAGUUUGGUGUUGCCGGUUCUUCUCCUGAUUCCCUCCUCAGUGAUUAGGAUAGUCUGGUUAUUCCAGCAAGGGGCUGUGACAUCGCCUUUGAACUCGGUUCUCGCUUCUCGUUUUUCUCUCUCAUGCCUGCGGCUUUGCUUUGUAGUUUUGUAUUUUGGGGCGUCUCUUGUUCCUUCUCCAUCCCGCAGAUUUCCUGUCAAUGUCUCCAUAAAUGAAGGUGAUGAAGAUGUCUCUCUGCUGUUCCCCCACAGUGUCAGCGAAGAGACAUCAGAGGACAAUGAAAGUCUUCUUUCUCAGUUGUUCUACUUUUGGAUGAAACCACUUUUGCAGAGGGGAGCACGUGGAGAAUUGAAGCAACCCCAUGAUGUGCCUUUGCUGCCAUAUGGUCUCCGUACUGCCGGAGUCUGCCAGAAAUUCCUGUCUAAGAGUCCACCGGGAACAUUGCGCCUCUUAUCAACAUUAAAUGCAAGCUUUGGAAGCCGAUAUUACUCUUUAGGGCUCAUAAAACUUUGUUCCACCAUCCUCGGGUUCAUGGGCCCUGUGCUGCUAAAUUUCCUGGUGAAUUUCAUGGAGACCAGAGAGGAACCUCUCAGCUGGGGGGUGAUCUACACUGCUGGGCUUUUCUGCAGUGGCUUUCUGGGGGCUCUUCUACAGAACCAAUUCACACAUCAGGUCAAUAAGGUGAUGUUGGCCGUGAGAACAUCUGUGUUGACUACUGUGUACCGCAAGGUCAUCCAUGGUGAGGGGACGGGACUGGCUGGGUUCUCCCCAGGGGAAGUGAUGAACCUGAUGAGUACUGAUGCAGAUCGAAUAUCAAAUUUUUGCCGGAGCUUUCAUGAGUUGUGGAGCCUCCCCCUGCAGUUCUCUAUCACACUUUACCUCUUGUACCAACAGGUGGGAAUAGCUUUUCUUGGGGGUCUUGGAUUAGCACUACUGUUGGUGCCUUUGAAUAAAGUGGUCGCCACUCGCAUCAUGAACAACAACAAAGAAUUGCUCCAACAUAAGGAUGCCCGAGUCAAGCUGGUGACGGAGUUGUUGUCCGGUAUGCGGGUGGUGAAGUUUUACACGUGGGAAGAACAUUUUGCACGUCAGCUGACCAUCCUGCGGAAGAAGGAAUUGCGCAGUCUUCGCACCAUUAAGCUACUGGACGCUGUUUGUGUGUACCUAUGGGCGGCCUUACCUGUCCUUAUUUCCAUUAUCACCUUUGUCACAUAUGUGCUGCUCGGGAACCAGCUUACUGCAGCCAAGGUGUUCACAGCUCUGGCUCUUGUGGGGAUGUUAAUUCUGCCCCUGAACAGCUUCCCUUGGGUGCUGAAUGGAAUCUUAGAGGCCAAGGUGUCACUUGAUCGGAUCCAGAGCUUCUUGGAACUCCCAGAUCAAAACUUGCUCAUGUAUUACAACACACAGGCACCCCCUACAGAAGGAACCUCAGUGGUGGAUAUGCAGAAUGCCCUCUUUUCCUGGGCGGCAGAGUUUAAGGACUAUAUGGAGAGAUCCACGUCACUGCAAGUCUUCAUUGGUCAUCUGUCUGUUCCCAAGGGAGCGCUGGUGGCCAUUGUUGGAAAAGUUGGGUGUGGAAAAAGCUCUCUGUUGUCUGCAAUGACUGGAGAACUGACCAGGCACAGGGGAACGCUGUACAUGUCGCACCAGGAAGCCGGCUUUGGUUUUGUGGCACAGGAGCCGUGGAUUCAGUUUGCCUCCAUCAGGGAGAAUAUCCUGUUUGGGAAGGAAUAUAAUGAGCGUCUAUAUAAGAAGGUUGUGGAGGCCUGUGCCCUGGCUGAGGACCUGAGUAUAUUUCCAGCUGGAGACCAGACUGAGGUCGGGGAGAAUGGCGUCACUCUCAGUGGAGGACAGAAGGCUCGACUCAGCCUGGCCCGGGCCGUUUAUCAGGAGAAGGAUAUUUAUCUGCUGGAUGACCCCCUGGCUGCAGUAGAUGCCGACGUGGCCUCUCACCUCAUGGAGAAAUGCAUUCUGGGUAUUUUGCAGCACAGGACCCGGAUCCUCUGCACUCACCGGACUGAGCUGUUGGAGAAAGCUGAUCUUCUCGUCUUGAUGGAAGAUGGGAAAAUUAUCCAGACUGGACCCCCAGAAGAGAUCUUGGCUCUGUUCGAAGCUUCACCCAAACUCAAAGUCUCACAAAGUGAUGCAAAAGAAAAAGGGAGAAGUGGCAGUAGUGUGAAUGAAGAGGAUGAAGGAAAGGAGGUCCUGUUUACCGGCUCUGCGAUGGGGGAGGAGGAAAAGAAGGAAGGGGCGGUCUCUUUACAGGUGUACGCAGCAUACUGGAGGGCAGUGGGAAGCUGCCUGGCCAUAUCGGUGCUGCUGGCCUUAUUCUUCAUGCAGGCUUCCAGGAAUGUGUCUGAUUGGUGGCUGUCACACUGGAUUGCAAGCUUGUCGGACAAGUCAGGAAAUGAGUCCAUCUCGGUUCUGUCCCCUCCUGUAUUGUCACCUGCACUGCUUCUCUUCUCCCCUGGAGCCCUCGUGUCUCCAGUGAGGUGGACGGAGUCUUCGAGUCAGAACAGUUCUGGGGAUAUAACCUUCUAUUUGUCAGUAUAUGGCGGGAUUGCAGCAGCCAAUUCCAUCUUUACUGCCUUGCGUGCACUCCUCUUUGCCCUUGGAACUGUGCACGCGGCUACUGUGAUCCACAGGCGUUUACUGCAAAGAGUUCUGCUGGCCACGGUAACAUUCUUCGACAGCACGCCAGUAGGACGCAUCAUUAAUCGAUUCUCCUCUGACAUGUACUGCGUUGAUGAUUUCCUCCCCUUCAUCCUCAACAUAUUCUUGGCCAACAUCUUUGGUUUGCUGGGCAUGCUGGUAAUGAUCAGUUACGGCCUGCCAUGGAUCCUGCCCGUCCUCCUUCCUCUGGGUCUCCUGUACUAUUCCAUUCAGAGAUUUUAUCGCCACACUUCCCGUGAGCUCAAACGGUUGCAGAGCAUCACCCUGUCCCCAAUAUACAGCCACUUCUCUGAGACGCUGUCUGGCCUGAGUACCAUCCGCGCCAUGCGUCAUGCUGACAGGUUCAAAGUUGAGUGCGAGUCUCGUGUGGAAAUGAACCAGCGCUGCGUGUACGCUAGUAAUACCGCUGUUCAGUGGCUGGAUAUCCGCCUGCAGAUGAUUGGGGUAGUUGUUGUGACCGCCAUCGCUGUUAUCGCUAUAAUACAACACCAGAGGAAGGCCGGUGAUCCGGGUCUGGUCGGGCUGUCUCUGUCCUAUGCACUCUCCAUCACAGGUUUGUUGUCUGGUCUCAUCUCCAGCUUUACUCAGUCAGAAGCCAUGAUGGUGAGUGUGGAGAGAGCGGAGGAGUACUCCACCACUCUGCCAUGUGAACCGAGAGAGGGGACAGUGAUGGUAGGGCCAGAAUGGCCCAGAAAUGGGUGUAUUGAGUUUAGAGAUGCCAUUUUGUGUUACCGCCCUGGUCUUCCCAACGCUCUGGAUGGCGUCAACUUCAGCAUAUCUCCUGGAGAGAAAAUUGGAAUUGUGGGCCGGACAGGCUCUGGAAAGUCAUCUUUGUUCCUGGCACUCUUCCGGAUGAUAGAGCUGAAUUCUGGACAUAUUCUUAUUGAUGACACUUCCACGCAAGAGCUGGCUUUGGAGGACCUGAGGUCACGACUUGCCAUCAUCCCUCAGGAUGCCUUUCUGUUCAGUGGUAGUGUCAGGGAGAACCUGGAUCCUUUGUCCCACCACGCAGACUCCAACCUGAUGGACGUUCUCUCCCAGUGUCACCUGCAGGAUUUGGUGGAACGUAUGGGAGGUCUAGAUGCUGAGGUUGGUGACAGAGGGAAGAAUUUCUCCCUUGGACAGAGGCAGCUCUUGUGUCUGGCCAGAGCUCUGCUCACUCAAGCCAAGGUUCUGUGCAUUGAUGAAGCUACGGCCAGUGUCGACCAUCAGACUGACCAGCUGCUCCAGCAGACCAUCCGCGAAAGAUUCAGAGACCGCACAGUCCUCACCAUUGCACACAGGUUGAACACCAUCAUGGACUCAGACCGCGUUCUGGUGAUGCAUGCUGGGAGGGUGGCUGAAAUGGGUUCUCCCAUAGUCCUCAGCAGCAAAAGAGACUCUCAGUUUUACCGGCUAAUAAAUCACGGGCAGAGCGGAUGUACUGAGGAUUAG